CAAUAUUGUCUCCUGAAAGUAAGCCAUGAAUCACGACCACUCGCUUCUCCCAAAGGGUUUGGCCAAAAAUUGGCGACAAUGGAUUGUCAUCAAGAAAACAAAAAUGCGAAGGAAAAAUUGCGUGCGUGGCGAUGAGACUAGUGUUGCACAACAUGGUAAUGGUAACUGGUAAGGUAGAGAAAAAGAAAAGCAAGAUAAGAGAUUAAGAGAAGAUAGAUAUAUAAUAUAAUAUGGCAGUAGCGAUAACCCAAUGUUCAGAAAAGCUAGGGUACCUGAUACUUCAACUAGGGAAAAAUUUCCUUGUGUUCAUGGCGAUGGUGAUUGCAUGCAACGGGGCACAUUACGUACUAAAGCCGUACGCACAACCUCGCAUUGCUUCUGACAUAAUAGUAGGACUAAUUAUGGGGAACAUACCUUUUUUACGUAAACUAUAUGAUGAAUUCAACAGUACCUUUGGGUUUAUCAUUGAUUUUGGCAUGAUGUGUUACAUGUUUGCUUUGGGUAUAGAGAUGGAUCCGUACGCACUGUUGAGAAGGCCAAGCAAGGAUGCUCAAAUAGCGUAUUCAGGAAUAAUCUUCACCUUCGUGAUAUCGUGUUCCCUGACACCACUUCUGCAUUACUUCACAGAAGAGCGUGGAUUUGCGUUCAUCCUGUGCCUCUCGGCGCUUGUCUCAAGCACAGCCUCUCCCGUUCUGACGCGUCUUUUAACGAACCUCAAGAUAGGAAAAUCGGAUAUUGGGAAGCUUGUGAUAGGGGCAGGGAUGCACGCAGAUUUUGUGUGCUCGUUGCUUCUAUCAGUAGGGUACAUUUUCAUGCCGGCGGAGGCAUUCUGCGUAGGGCCUCAGCCUCAUAGUCAUGUGGAGAAGACGACGCAGUCGGUGAUAACGAUGAGUGUGGCGGUGGUGGCGCAGACGGUGUUCACGGGGCUGGUGUCGCCGGUGUUUAUGGCGUGGGUUAACGAUGAGAACCCAGAGGGGAGGCCGAUGAAAGGUCCACAUCUGGUACUGUCAAUAGCCUUCGUGGUCAUCAUUUGUGCCUCUUCAACUCUAUACAACUAUAAUCCGGUUCUAAGUGCGUUUAUAACAGGGACUUGUUUUCCCCGGGAGGGAAGAGUUUCCAAAUGGGUUGUCGGCAAGAUAAACUAUCUCUUGACCACCAUCUUCUACCCGAUAUUCUUCUUGUGGAUGGGUUAUGCUGCUGAUUUCACCAGGUUGGCCCCUGGAGACCCUGUGACGUGGCUCAGGCUUAUUCUGCCCGUUGUCAUGGCGGUCGUCGGUAAAGUUGCUGGCACGCUUGCUGUUGGGGCACUGCUUGGCUUCCACUGGCCAGAAUCUCUUGUAAUUGGCUUGCUACUCGUCACCAAGGGCCAUUUUCAGAUCUACAUGGUUAUCAAAGGGAUCAAUUGUGGCUCCACUAUUUCCGCGGGCAUUAUGUCGGUAAUUGCAACAUUUCUCACAGUGGUGCAUGCACCCAUAAUUGUGGCACAUAUCAUCAAACGUGCCAGGAGAAGGGCACCUACUCACACCAUGGCCCUCCAGUUGCUGGACCCGUCAAGUGAGUUAAGGAUACUCUUGUGCGUUCACGGACCUCCCAAUGUUCCUGCUUCCAUCAACUUCAUGGAGAUUUCCAGAGGGACAACAGAACCGGGCCUUUUGGUUUAUCUGGCAGAAAUUAUUGAAUUAACUGAUCAAAUAGAAGCAACAGUAGAGACUGGUGAAGGAAUACAUGCAUCAACUGUGAGAGACAAGGCAGUGAUAGAGAUGAGAGAACAAGUGACGAGCUCGUUCAAAGCCUAUCUAGAUAAUGAUGGCGAUGGUAUUACGCUCAAAAGAUCAUUGGCAAUUUCAACAAUCAACAACAUGGCACAGAACAUCUGCUCUUUAGCAGAGGAAUUGAUGAUUGCCCUCAUUAUACUUCCAUUCCACAGGAGCCAGCGUCAGGAUGGAAAAUUGGAUGGUGGCAAUCAAGGUUUUAGAUAUGUGAACCGAAAGUUAUUGAAGACUGCUCCUUGCUCCGUGGGGAUUCUUGUGAACAGAGGUUUUGGGUCCAUUCCGAAAAUAUCAAGGUCUGAGGUAACACUACAAGUGGCAGCAAUAUUCAUUGGUGGAAAAGAUGAUAGAGAAGUACUUGCAUAUGCGGGUCGUGUAGCAUGGCAUUCGGGAGUAAAAGUGACAGUAAUAAGAUUCCUGGUAGAUACCAGUGCAGAAUCCUCGAGACUGGCGGCUUAUAGGGUAAGCCUGCCAGAGCAAGAGGAGGAGAUGGGGUUGGAUGACGAAUGCUUUGCACAAUUCUAUGAAAAGCAUAUAGUUGCAGGUCGCAUCCACUAUAUGGAGAAGCAUCUUGCAAAUGCGGGCGAGACAUUUGCUACUCUGAGAUCAUUGGAAGGCCAAUACUCACUGGUGGUUGUAGGAAGAGAAGGUGGGAUAAACUCUAUAUUGACAAAGGGGAUGAAUGACUGGCAACAAUGCCCAGAACUAGGACCGAUAGGGGAUGUUCUUUCAGGACCAGACUUCUCAACGUCAGUCUCUGUAUUAAUAAUCCAACAACACAAACUUAGAGGAGAGCUAGAUGGCCUUGACGAGGACUUCUCUAUCAUGUAG